CUCCUGGGCGCAGGGGACGGGGAGGGUAGAAGCGAAGGAGCCACCUCUCUGCCAUUGUUCUUGUUCUGGAGGUCCGGGGACGGGACGGGACGGCGCUGGUUGGGAACCCGGACGGCGCUCGGUCGUUAUGACGGGCUCCGGUCCGAAGCUCGGGGUCCUGCUGCUGCUCGCGGUGCUGCUGCAGACUGUGGUCGUCACCAUCACCGUGCUGCACUUCACCACGGCGCUCAACGCGAUGAAGGAGACGUUCGCCAGGAGCAGCGUUUCCUGCCUGACGGGCGCCGACCUGCAGAGCACCACGGUGGUUCGAGGGGAUCCGUGCUGGCAGGUCACUCAGCAGCUCCACCUGCUCAUCGAGAAGUCUCUGUCUCAACGUUACCAGCGGCAGAUUUCCUCGGCAGUAAGAGAUGAGGUGUCUCGGGUGCUGCCCUCACUUGUGAUGGAGGACAGGGCUUCACCUCGCCCCAAAGUGGCAGCUCACGUCACCGGCAGCUUCGUGCCCAAACUGGAGCGAGAGGGCGGCGCCCCGGUCUCGGCGGGGGGGCGGCGGGUUCAGGGCCAGAAGAUCUCGUGGUGGGAGGGGCAGAAGGGGCUGGCCUUCCUCCAGGACGUCCAGCUGGUGGACGGGGAGCUGGUGGUGCCGCAGCCCGGCCUCUACUACGUCUACGCCCAGACCUACUUCAGACACACGGCCUCGCUGGAGGAGGAGGAGGACGGGGAGGAGGGGGAGGACAGAGGGAGGCCCCUGCUGCAGUACGUCUACAAGAAGGUGAGCUCCUACCCGGUUCCCAUCCUGCUGAUGAAGACGAGUCGGACCUCCUGCUGGUCCCGGGGCUCCCAGUUCUCCCUGCACUCCGCCCACCAGGGGGGGCUGUUCCCGCUGAACGCCGGCGACCGCCUGUUUGUCACGGUGACGAACGCCUCCGCCGUGGACAUGGACGAGAAGAGCAGCUUCUUCGGGGCUUUUCUCAUCAGCUAGACGACCAGCAGAGGGAGCUGUGGUCACGAUUGUGUCGCUCAUUGACUCCUCCUCCUCCUCCUCCUCCUCCUUCUUCUCACUCGUGAAGUGAAAAUCCGACGCUAGAAGUCGCAGGUUCGUUCAGAAUCUCAACCGAACACUGGAGCCGUCGGUGAAGACUUAAGAAGAACGUGAGGUUGUGUAUAUUGUGAUUUUAAAUAUGUCCGAGUGAGCGUGACCCACAGAGACAUUUCUUGGAUGCGUCCGUACACUCACGUAAAGUCGUACACAUACGUUUGAUCUACUGCUUCUUAGUCACGUUUGCUCGACAUGGAGUUCACAUCCAGCCGCGGUCUGCAGCUGCUCUUUAAUUCCGUCCACAAGUGGUUCUUCAAUCCACAAAAGCCCAGGCAUCACUCAGCAGCGUCUUCUCCUCGGCUCAAAGAUGGAUCCUCUCUGUUGUCCCAGGAGGGGUCGACUUUACAUGUUCAUUUCUCACAUUAGAAGUGAACACAUGCAAGCAACAUGUGCCCAGUGGACACAUGGUCGUAUUUACAUGAUCUCGAAGGAGGACGUGUGUGCGAAGCCCAAAACCUCAGAACCCCAAGUUGCCUAGUUGUGACUGCAGGCAACGUUAAAGUGAUGCUGGAAAAGUUGUAGUAAUUAGUGUGAGGUGGUUUUACUUCAGCGUGACGUAAACAACUUUAAUAAUUAACUCACCUUUAGCAGACUCUAGAUUCUCCACAAGGGGGCACUGCUGGGACCUCAGCUAUGCACGCGCCACCUACAGGACAAAACAGUCACAGCACCGGUUGUGUACUUUGUAUGAAUGAAAUCAUUUGUUAUCAAUUUCACGACAAAGGUUCAGUGUUUUCUUCUGAGAAAUGUUUGUGCGUAACCUUCCUCAGAUGGUUCAGCAUUAAAUGAAAGACACGGCGAGGCGCUGACAUCCGCAUGUUGAAGAUUAAAGCAGCAUCUUCAUCACCUCGUCCUUCACGGGUUUGUAAAGUCAAAUUCAAAACACUGCCGCUUGUGUUUUUGUUGGCAGCCGCAUCACAGCCUCUCGCUCAGCUGUCAGUCGCGUUGGCUCGUCCGCCCCGAGCGCUCUCCAACUGGUGCAUUAAACGCUGCCUAAUGGUUGGUAUUCCUGGGCAUUCAUGUCAUGUGGGAUCAGAUGCAGAUGUGACCUGCAGACGUGGAGAACAUCACUCACAUCGUCGGCUUCUGCUCGUUCUCCAUGGAGCUCUGCUGCCGGCCAUGUGGCGCAGGGAGCUGCUGGAGUGGAAACUGCAGUGAAGCCUCAGAUUCACAGAGAACAUCACUAAUUAUUGAUUAUUGAACUGAAGGAGAACUGGAGGCAUCAGAGAAUAUAUACGACUGAAGAACAAAUUCUUCCUUAAUGAAAGACUGAACACCUCUCAUCAGCUGAAGAAGCUGCGAUAUAAAAUACAGGUUACGAUCAUCUGCUAAUCAAAAUGUCAUAUUUAAACUUUAAAUGCAUCCAUAACAAAUCCGAUAAGUGGAUUUUAAACAAUAGCACAAUUAUUAAAGUCAAGAAUUAAGUCAGUUAUAUUCACUGGUUCCUUCAGCUCUACUUUGGAAAAUCUAACAAAAGUCAAUUCAAAAGAAAUUCUUAGAAAAGCUUUUUGUAAUAAUCAGAGUCCGACUGAUAUUUGGUGGCAGAUACAUAUAUUUGUUAAAUCAAAUAUCGAUAUGUACAUGUUGUAAUAUUAUUGUUCUUUAUGAUCUUUCUAUGUGCACACUGUCUCUGAUUUUGUAUUGGAUAUUAAAAAGAAACCUCAACUAUUUUAACGUAAAACACACAAAAGUAAAUCCAGAUCUUCCCUGCAAUGUUUAUACUGUUUUUUAUAUCGGCGCAUCAACACCAGAACUAUUUUUAUCAACCACAUAUCGGUCAGGCUCUGGUGAUAAGUUCCCAUAAAGAUUCACAACACCAAUAAGACACAAAGGACUGUAGCACUGUAGCAUUUCUGUAAAUAAAAGAUUUCUCCUCAGUGUCUUGAUUUUGUUAUGAAUGUGUGUGUAUAUAUAUUUGAAGUGGUUUUAGUUUUGGUUUCCACAGAAAUUACUUUUAACACUCGAGAUAAAUCUGUUGUAAAUGGACGCAGCACAAACACCAACAAGAAUCCGGAUCAACGCAAAACACAAUGAAAAAUGUAUUUUUUUACCAAGUAGAUCGAAACGAAUGUGAAUGUAAAUAUGAAAAUGUUUUGUCUGUAAAUAUGUGAAAUAAAGACAAUGUUAAAAAGUAAAA